AAAUGGAUGCAAAUGUUUUGAUCUGCCAAGUUCUUUGAUGUCAAUACAAAUGCUAUGCUUAUCUUUGCAUUAUUUUUAACUUUCCUUAUUCUAUCGCAUGGUAAAAUUCGUCGGAACAAUGAUAUACUCGUAAAUGAUGAGGAUCAAUUCUCUGCUAUGUCACAAGAAAUAUAUCAUUUAUCGAAUUAUGAUAUAACAUUUUGGAUUAGACGUUUGCAAGUAGAGCAAUAUGCUUUUUUAGAGAACAGAGAUUAUUUUUAUAAUGUUUUUGUAGAAUUAGACGAUUUACCAUUUAUAAUGAAGAUUAUUAAUAGUUAUUACGCGAUCAAAUUAUUUUUUCAACUACACAAUUGUUCAAUUUUCAAUUUUGGAAAUUUACAUUCAUUGAGAUUGACAGAAUUCAGGAAAUUCAAUUAUAUGCUCGCAGAAGUCAACAAUUAUUCAGCUCCAAAGGUCCUCGAUAUUAAUGAAAUUUAUCUUUCCAUUGAUGACUAUUUCCAAAAGAAUAUAUCUAUAUGCACUCUAGAAAAAGGAUUAAAUAACAAUAGCCGGAAAAGCAAUGGAGUAUUUUAUAAUAAUGAUUUUAAAGAGAUCCUGUUAGUAACUCCAAAAUAUAUGAAAUCUAUGAGAUCGUUGGGUCGACACCUUUUGCAAAGCAUAAAUCAUGAUAGGUAUGGAUAUGGAAAUACGGAUUACAGUGCAGAAGGAAACAAAUUUGCUUAUCAAGAAUAUAGACGAUAUAAAGAUUCGAUCAUGAGUGAAAAUAAAGAUGAGAUUGAAAAUGAUGGUGAGAAUAACGAUGACGAUGAUGACGACGACGACGAAGACAACGACGACGACAACGACGAAGAAGAAGAUUAUGAGAUUGACGAUGAGACUGCAGGAAAAGAAGAAAACGAUAAUAUCGAAAAUUUAGAGGAGGAAGAGGACAAUGAGUUGGGACAUCAAAGCAUUGGAUCUAAAGCUCGCAUGACAAGUUUCAAUCGUAUCAUAUUCCCUUAUCCAAGUAAGAAGCAAAGGCAGCAUUCGAGAAAAGAAAAUAUCAGAAUCAGAUCUGUUACUGAAGAAUGCGAUGAGGAAGAACCAACAGAAGAACCGCAAUAUUAUGAUUACGAAACAAAUGGUCAUGACGCAUCACUUGGAAUCAUACAUAAAACACAAAUUCAACACUUUAUAAGAUUGAUAAUAAUACUUAUACUCAUUAUUUGUUGGAUAUAACAACAUUA